AUGUCAAAAAGAGGAUUGCAUUUGCGUGGACGAGCAGGAAGAGGAAGCUCUCGAGGUGACGGUCGAAGAGUUCGAUUUUUAGGGGAAGAUGAUGUUAACGAUGAUGCAUCAAGAUCGCCAGUCCGUCGGGUUUUUUGGGGUCAAGGAGUACAAAGUGAUAGUGAUGAAGUCUCUCCUUCUCCAACUGCUGCUACAAAUAACUUGCAAGAAAGUGAACAAACUCAAAUCCAUCCCGACACUCACGAGUAUGAAAAUUGGACUGACUGGGGGCAAUCUAGUGACUCAAAUAGUGAUCCUGAAAUUGUUAGGAGACGAGGGCCAAACAGUGGUACAAUUGUGCCGACCGAUGAAAGUAAGCGGAUGCAUAUAUCAGUUGAACAAAAUAGAUUCCUAAACCCGGAGGUUCCACGUGAUAUAACUGCAACAUUGAAAGCAUAUUUGAAUGGCCCGUACCCGACAUAUAAACAUGUUCCAGGUGCCACGAAAGAUGCAUUAUGGAAGAAAUUCAAUGAAAAGUUCAAGUGGUCUCCAGGAAAAACGGAAAAAGUACGGAGAGCAUUUAACAGAUCGUCUGCUGAACGACUUAAGGGGAUGUUCAAUCGAGCACGUUCACGUGCAAUGAAGUUGUGCAAUGGCUCGAAGAACCCAAAAGAUUGGGUUCAUUAUGCUCCAGGAUGGUUAGAUGAUGAAUAUUGGCAGCAAAUCAUCGACAAACAUUGGGCUAACGAGAAAUAUGAGAUGAAGUGUAAGAUUGCAAAACAGAAUAGAGAGACUACGAAAGGAAAUUCUAUGGCAAAACACACCGGUGGUUCAAUACCUUUUGUUGCCCACAGGAAACAAAUGGAGAUGAAGAAAAAAGGCAAAGUCACGCAAUCGGAAUUAUUUGCCCGAACACAUAAGCGCCAAAAGGGAACUGGUGAUUACGUGGACGAUAAGUCUAAAGAUGUUAGUGAAAAAUAUAAAGCUGCCCUUGAAGCAAAGUAUGGUCCUGAUAUGUUAGAUGAGCCGAUGUUUGAUGCCGAUGCAUGGGCAGAAGCGACGAAUGGUCCACACAGGGGUCGUAUAUAUGGAUUUACACCGGCCGAAGGUUCAUUAGUUUCAGAAAAUGACGGCAACAAUGACGAUGUGAAUGAGAAGCUCAAAGCGAUGCAAGAAAUUAUUGAUGAGCUGACGAAGAGUAGAGUCGAAGUAGAAAAAGAGAUUCGCCAAGAGUUAGCAGAAAAAAUGGCUAGCGAAAUUGCGGAGAUGAAGCGGCAAUCCAAGGAGGAAAUAGUUGAAAUUAAACUGGGAAUGAAACGUCGAGCAAAGCGGCACCGUAAAGAAAUGGGUGAAAUGAUUCGCAACAUGCUUCGAGACCUUAACCUCCCUAACUCGAAGUAUCCUUCGGGCUCGGGGACGAAAUAG